AAGAUGCACGCUGUGCCUGUCGGACUGCUCCUCUUCAGUAUGACCUGGGCGGCACCAAUGCUGAAUGAAGACAGCAGAAGCAGCAACCACAGCAACAUCCACAGGGACUUAGCAACAUCUGUGUAUCCUGAGCCAAUGAUGGGCGAAGGAGCAAUGGAUGGGCAAGGUGCUCCCCUUUACCUGCCUGACCGGGACAGGUAUGGUGCUACCCUCCUCAGAAAUACCACGCAGCCCAUAAAGAAUCUGGUGACUGGGACCGAACUACGGAGGGACAGAAACCAAGAGAAGAGACCUCAGAGUGUUCUAAGCAUAAUUCUAGCAGAUGUCAAUGAUGUUAAAGACCCCUUAAAAGAUAUAAAGAAUCAACAGAGAUAUCUACUACCCCAGAACAUCCCGGUACGAAGCAAACGUGCCCGUCAGACCCGACAGACCAUUCACUACCUAACACAUCUCCCCCAAAUCAGGAAGAUUCCCAGUGACUUUGAAGGCAGUGGUUCCCCAGAACUUGUAAUGAGAGGAGAUAAUGAUGUCCCUCCUUUCAGUGGAGAUGGACAACAUUUUAUUCACAUUCCCAGCAAAGGAGGUGCUGUUGGGCCUGGUCUUGAAAGCUCAGCUAGUCACCCUGUCUCAGGCUCCAGAAUAGCUGAGGUUGUUGACCCACGCAUGAAUGGAUUGGGCUCUAAUGAGAUCCCAGGAAGAGAAGGACAUGGUGGCAGUGCCUACGCAACCGGAGACAAAGCUGCACAGGGGGCAGGCUCUGCGGGUAUGAACUUUGUAGGGGGCAGCAAUGAAAUCACAGGCGGCAGUACCAAUUUCAGGGAACUCCCCGGAAAAGAAGGGAAUAGAGUUGAUUCCAGCAGCCAAAAUGCUCAUCAGGGGAAAGUAGGAUUCCACUAUCCACAGGUGCCCUCAAAAGAAAAGGACGGCAGAGAGUGCACAGAGAGAACUGGUUACGGUUACAACGAAAUCCCCAAGAGCAGCAAAGGUAGCUCCAGAAAAAAGGGGGAGAAAUCCAAAGGGAACCACGUAACCUUGACUGAAAGCCAAGGAUGUCCAGGUAAAGGCAAAAGCCAGACCCCAGCUGCUUCUUCUCACAGCCUUAGUACUGAGGUUAGAGGUGAAGGAGACUCCUCUAAUGCUCUCAGUAGGGAGGGAAGUGUGAUAGCACACAACAGAACAAACAAGUAUGUGCACCGUGGACAAGCUAACCCUACAUGGAAUAAAGGGAGGUCACAGCGGAGAGGCUCCUGGCCUUUGAGAAGAGCCCAUUCCCACAGGCGUGUUAGCACCCACCAAAGAGACAGCAGUGAGUCAUCAUCCAGCGGAAGCUCUAGUGAGAGUGGUGCUGACUAG